AGUUCCACGGAAACCUCUUGGAAAAGCCUAAGUGCCUAACGACCCGAGAAAAUUUCCUUUCUGUCAAGUGCCAUCCCUUCUUCAGUAAUUCAGUUAUGUGAUCCACCACUUUAACGACAUUUCAAAGUCACCGCCGUAAUCCAACCCUCUCUCUUUGGUCUUUCCUUUAUUUUCUGACCGACACUCUCAAUUACUAUGCAUUACAGCUUCGGUGGUGGAACAAUCUCUGAUUCAUCAGUUUCUUCAUCCAUGGACCCAUUCGAAUCUUGAUCUCUCCCCAUUUUUCCUGCUCUUCCUCUCUGUUUCUUGAGAAGAGAAGAGAAGAUAAGAGAAGAGAAGAAAGACGAUCCGAUCUCUCUCUAAAGAACGCAUGAUGGAACCAUCGGUUCGGUCUCUCAUAAAGGAGAGGAAAUACCCAUUUCUCUUCGCUUGCUUUGUCCUUUUCCUAUGCUUUUCUCUUCUUGUCUCCACCAACAACCGUUACUCUUAUCUAUCCGUCACUGAUCUCCAGAAAUCUCGUCUGAUUUCUUCCUCUCCCGAUAAUCCCUUGAAUGCACCUCCUCCACCUCGUCUUCUUCGUUCUCCUUCUCCUCUUCCUCGCAACUCAAGUUCUGACAGGAAAGAGAAAGAACAAGAUGGGCCAACAGUUCCUUCUCCGCCUGAUCGGACUUCUGACGGUGAUAGAGGAUUGAGUUUAAUGACUUGGGAGCUAUGUAAGAUUAAGGGGUCGAUCGCUGUUGAUUACAUACCCUGCCUUGAUAACAUGAAGGCAAUAAAGGCAUUGAAGUCGAGACGGCACAUGGAGCACAGAGAGCGCCACUGCCCCGAUCCUAGCCCUCGCUGUUUGCUUCCUCUUCCCCAGGGUUAUAAAAUACCCGUUCCCUGGCCGAGGAGUAGGGACAUGAUUUGGUUUGACAACGUCCCUCACCCUAAACUUGUUGAAUUCAAGAAGGACCAGAACUGGGUCCGGAAGUCUGGUGAUUACCUUGUUUUCCCUGGAGGUGGUACUCAAUUUAAAGGAGGUGUGCAGAACUAUGUUGAGUUUAUAGAGAAGACUCUGCCAAAUAUUGGAUGGGGAAAACAAACAAGGAUUAUUCUGGACGUUGGUUGUGGUGUUGCAAGCUUUGGUGGCUACUUGUUGGAGAAAGAUGUUCUUACCAUGUCAUUUGCCCCAAAGGAUGAGCAUGAAGCUCAGAUACAGUUUGCUUUAGAGCGGGGUAUUCCUGCCAUUCUUUCUGUCAUUGCGACGCAUAGGUUGACUUUUCCUGAUAAUGUCUAUGAUUUGAUUCACUGCGCACGAUGCAGGGUCCACUGGGAUGGAGAUGGUGGAAAGCCACUAAUGGAGCUCAACAGAAUCCUUAGGCCUGGAGGAUUUUUUAUAUGGUCAGCAACACCAGUUUAUCGUGAUGAUUCAAGAGACCUGGGUGUCUGGAAUUCUAUGGUUGCUUUGACAGAGUCCAUCUGCUGGAAAAUGGUAGCUAAGACGGUAGACUCAGAUGGAAUUGGGCUUGUACUAUAUCAGAAGCCUACCUCGAAUACUUGUUAUGAGGAACGCAAAGAAAGUGAUCCCCCAUUGUGUGAUCAGAGGGACAUUCAAAACACUUCAUGGUAUGCACCCCUUCGUAGAUGUCUUCCCCCUCUUCUGCAAAGGGGCUCAAGUAACUGGCCCACACCCUGGCCUGAAAGGCUGAGCAGUACACCUCCAAGUCUAUCAAUGGAACCAAGAGUUGAAGAAACCCUUUCUGAAGACACAAAACACUGGUCUGCACGCAUAGCAGAUGUUUAUUUGGGUGGUCUGGCAAUCAACUGGUCAAGCACACGAAAUGUAAUGGAUAUGAAUGCCGGCUAUGGGGGAUUUGCUGCAGCACUUAUUGACCAACCACUUUGGGUGAUGAAUGUUGUACCCAUCAAUGGGCCAGAUACGCUAGCUGUAAUUUUUGACAGAGGGUUGAUCGGAAUUUAUCAUGAUUGGUGUGAAGCUUUUAACACUUAUCCUCGAACUUAUGAUCUCCUGCACUCCAGUUACUUAUUUGGAAAUCUAACACAGAGGUGUGACAUUGCGGUGGUGGUAGCAGAGAUGGACCGGAUAUUGAGACCGGGUGGAUGGAUUUUGGUUCAAGACAAAAUGAAAAUGAUUGAUCAGCUGAUUCCCAUUUUCAAGUCUCUGCACUGGGAGAUUAAUGCACAUGAGGAACAGUUCCUUGUUGGUAAAAAGGGUUUUUGGCGUCCAAUGGUUAGAGGGGCCAAAACAUGAUUUGAUAAAGAGUCAUUCAUGGGAGAUCUUUGUGGUUCAAAUGCCAUUGAUGUGGGAACAAUUACACCAGAGAAGUGGAUGAUGGCCUCUUCUAUCAUUGCCCCGUUGAGAUAUGUGAUUUUUGUGGGUGACAUCUUUCAGUAGGGCCCCCCAUUGGAUGGUUCCCGCUUGUGUGCCAUGUCACCUGCCUCUUUUGUUUAUUGACAAAGGAUUAAUCCUGAUAGUUGCAGAAUCAAUUGGCCCUUCUGACAUUAUUUAUGUAGUACGUUCAUAAUAAGACCAUUUUCCUUUUAA